AUGGAGGAACUCCAGAUCAUUCUGGGAAAUAAGGAACUUGAAAGGGUUAAAAAGUUUGAAUACCUGGGAAGCUGGAUAACAAGUGAUAAUAGAUGUAAAAUGGAAAUUAAAAGCAGAAUUAAUAAAGCAAAAGCUGCCUUUUAUCAGAUCUAUCAUAUAUUAACAAACAGAGGCCUUAACAUAAAACUGAAAAUAAAAAUCCUAAGGACAAUGAUCUGGAGUGUACUAACAUACGGAUGUGAGGCAUGGACUCUUACGCAUGAAAUGAUGGAAAGAAUUAACUCAUUUGAAAUGUGGUGCUUGAGAAAGAUGCAAAGAAUAAGUUGGACGGAGAAAAUAACAAAUGAGGAAGUUUUGGACAGGCUGGGCUUGAGGAGAAGGUUGCUUAUAAAUAUCCAACAAAGAAAGGUACGAUAUGCUGGACAUUUGGCUAGAGGAUCAGGAGGACAACUACUAAAAACGGUCAUUGAGGGACUGGUGGAGGGGACAAGAUCUAGAGGAAGACCCCGAAAGACUUGGAGAGAUAACAUCAAAGACUGGACUGGAAAGGAUUUAAGAGAAGCCUGGAAUAGAAAAACAUGGAGAGGAAUAGUUCAUCAAAUGCAACCCUCUGUAGAGAGGAUGCCACUGGAUAGAUAG